AUGGAGACGCCCAACAAAUGUGGACAUCGGUAUUCCGUGGUCUCACAGGAGCUACGCGCAGUUACUAUUCGAGAACUAGGUUCUGUAGUUGGUAAUCCGUUGGAUCGACGGCAUGGAAGAAGCUGUGAUCUUCAAGCUGCGAAUGACGACGACAAGCCGGAUAAAUAUGACAAUCCCAUAGCGCAGGUACCAAGAAAUCCGUUGCGGUUUUGA